UCUCUCUCUCUCUAGGGGCAGUGGACUUUCGCGGUCGCUCUCUCAAACGUGUUAAUUAGACCUGUUCCCACCAAUCAGAACAAUUAUUUCUCAUUUCAGGGUUAAAAUCCUUUGAAAUCAUAUGGAUUUUGGCUCCCCUGGUUUCAGCUAAACCUGCAAACUCCUUGAUUUGAGCCCCUCUCUCUCCUCUCUCUCUCUUUCUCUCUCUCAAGCCUUAACCCCUUACUUUAGCUACUCCCCCUUCUCUCUAUGUAUUGCAGGUGACUCUGUGUAGCUAGGGCAAGGGGCCUGCUCCAAAUCUUCUAAUUACGGUUCUCUGUCUCUCUCUCUAACUAAUCCCUGAAUCUCCAUCAUCACCAUCGUCAAAGCCUUUUCUGGACUAUUUGGAACCCCCCAAUCUCCAUGUCUCUGUUAAUUUAUCAGCAAUUUUGAUCAUGCAAGGUAAAAAUUGCCUGAAAUCCCAUCAGCAUCUGUAAAGGGAAAGGAUCUGAUGCGACGAAGGGCUACCUCUUCUCCCAACAUGGAGAAAGGCAAGCCCCAGUCCCGCUUCUGCUUCAUUCUCGUCCUCUCUGCCUUCUUCUGGUCCCUCCUAUUCUUCUUUCAUUUCUCUGUCCUCCAAUCCGAACCCUACAUCUCCCCCGAAGUUCCCAUUCGAAGACCCUCAAUUUCUUCUUCUUCCUCUGAUAACUCCCCCCAAAUUCCGAUUGGAAGACCCACAAUUUCUUCAUCUUACUCUACCUCAACCCCCCGGCAAAAACCAAAGAAGAAGAACUUCCCAUUCAUGCGAGCCUUGCGGACAGUCGAGAACAAGAGUGACCCUUGUGGUGGCCGCUACAUCUAUGUGCACAACCUCCCCUCUCAGUUCAAUGACGAUAUGCUAAAGGAGUGCCGUCGCCUCAGCUUGUGGACCAACAUGUGCAAAUUCACCUCAAACGCUGGACUCGGCCCCCCUCUUGAUAAUUCUCUCGGCGUCUUCUCCGACACAGGUUGGUAUGCCACAAACCAAUUUGCAGUGGAUGUGAUCUUCCGAAAUCGAAUGAAACAAUACAAAUGCCUCACUUCGGACCCCUCUCUGGCUGCUGCAUUUUUCGUACCAUUUUAUGCCGGUUUUGACAUUUCCCGGUUCCUUUGGGGAUUCAACACAUCAGUGCGCGAUGCUGCAUCUCUUGCACUUGUCAAUUGGCUCACAGCUCGGCCAGAGUGGCAGGUAAUGGGUGGAAGGGACCAUUUUUUGGUGGCAGGGAGGAUCACAUGGGACUUUCGAAGGCUCACAGACGAGGAGUCAAAUUGGGGUAAUAAGCUGUUGUUUCUUCCUGCUGCCAGGAAUAUGUCCAUGCUUGUGGUGGAAUCGAGCCCAUGGAAUGGGAACGAUUUUGGGAUCCCAUACCCGACAUACUUCCAUCCUGCUAAAGACUCUGAUGUGUUCAUUUGGCAGGAUAGGAUGCGGAAGCUUGAUCGGCCAUGGCUCUUCUCAUUUGCUGGUGCCCCACGUCCCGAUAAUCCAAAGUCGAUUAGAGGGCAGAUCAUCGACCAAUGCAAUAAUUCACGAGCAUGUAAGCUCUUAGAGUGCGAUUUUGGGGAGAGCAAGUGCCAUUCUCCGAGUAGUAUUAUGAAAAUGUUUCAGGGGUCUUUGUUUUGCCUCCAGCCUCAGGGGGACUCGUAUACGAGGCGAUCAGCUUUUGAUUCGAUGUUGGCAGGGUGCAUUCCAGUUUUCUUCCACCCAGGUUCGGCAUACACGCAAUACACAUGGCACCUUCCUAGGAAUUAUACGAAGUACUCAGUAUUUAUCCCAGAAGAUGAUGUUAGGAAGAAGAGUGUGAGCAUUGAAGGGAGGUUGAGGGAGAUCUCACCUGAGCAAGUGAAGGUGAUGAGGGAGGAGGUGAUAAGCAUGAUACCGAGGUUGAUAUAUGCGGACCCAAGAUCAGGGCUUGAGACUCUAAAGGAUGCAUUUGAUGUGGCAGUCGAAGCGAUCAUAGACAAGGUGACAAAGUUGAGGAAGGACAUAAUUGAAGGGCAUAAUGAUGAUGAUUACAUUGAGGAGAAUAGUUGGAAGUAUGCUUUGUUGGAGGAGGGACAACGUACUGUGGGGCCUCACGAGUGGGACCCCUUCUUUUCAAAGCCAAAGAACGAGAAUGGAGGGGACUCAGGCAGUGGGUCUUCGGCAGAGGCUGCGAAGAAUUCAUGGAGGAAUGAGCAGAGGAACCAAUAAAGGAAUCAAUAAAAGUCCCACUAGAGUAUGUAAAUCUUGUUCUUUUCAAUGUGCAAAAGCACUAUUGAAGUUGUGCUUUGCCCUUGGCUUUGGGAUAGAAGACCAGUGUGGCUGGUUUUGGGGAUGAUCAACAAUGCUUGGAGCUGAACCACUGAGCUCUUCUGGUUUCUUGGUCAUACUAAUGUACAAAGGCUUCAUACAUUGAAAACGUUAUCAGAUGUGGUACCCCAAUCCCAAUUCUUGGCUUAUUGAUUUUGUAGUUCAGGAUGUUCACAGCAUAGCAUUUGUGGGUAAUGCAUUGUAGUAGUUAUUGCUCUUCUCAAGGAUACAUGUAUGCUGACCUGCUUAUUCAUUGUUCAACAAGUAGUUUAUGUUGAAGCUGAGAAGCAGUUAUAAUAAUGUUAUAUUCACAAUUUCCAACACGAAGUUCAUUUGGAAUA